CCCCGCUCCCCACCCACUGCCAGCCUGGACUGUCUCAGCAGCGUGCUGCUGGGACCAGGUGUCCCCGGGGCGUGCCAAGAUGCAGCCGGGGCUCUGGCUCCUCCUGGCCGCGCAGCUCGCAGUUCUCCAUGGCAGCUCGGUGCUGCAGCAGACCCCGCCAUCCUUAAUGAUUCAGACUGACAAGACAGUGGUGAUGUCCUGUGAAGCCACAGCCUCCCGCACUAGCACGCGCAUCUACUGGCUGAGACAACGCCAGGCUCCAAGCCCAGACAGUCACCAUGAGUUCCUGGCCGCCUGGGAUUCCCUAAGAGGGAUUGUGUAUAGCCAAAAGGUGAAGCAAGAGAAGCUGACUGUGUUUCCGGAUGCAGGCCGGUCCAUUCUCAAUCUAACUAAAGUGGAGCCUGCAGACAGUGGCAUCUACUUCUGCAUGACCAUCGGGAACCCUGAGCUGAACUUCGGGAAGGGAACUCAGCUGAGCGUGGUUGAUGUCCUUCCCACCACUGCCCAGCCCACCAAGAAGACCACCACGAAGAAAAGGUGCCGGCCCCCAAGCCCAGUGACCCAGAAGGGCCCAUCCUGUGGCCCCGUCACCCUCGGCCUCUUGGUGGCCGGAGUCCUGCUUCUGCUGGUGUCCUUGGGAGUGGCCAUCCACCUACACCGCCUGCGGAGGAGAGCCCGGCUUCGUCUCCUGAAACAGUUUUAUAAAUGAGCAAAAAAUACGCUUUUGGGGUCCUGCUACAAAAAUGCAUUGGUCAAUAAGAAGCAAGAUCUAGAAAAAUGAGAGAGAAGGGCCACGUUCAACUCACUCCACUGUGGAAAUUUCACUGACCUGCUGAAGUUGCCUGCUUUUAACUAUUCCAAGUGCUCUCUCUGGGCCUCACACAUGGGAGCAACUUGUUAGUUGGUCAUCGGGAGUCACAGAGAGAAGGCUUCAGAGCCCCCCAAAAGCUUCCUGCAACUCGGAGGGGGGUGCACACUGGAGGAUGGAGUAGAAAAUGCCGCCAUGACACCACUUCCAGCUCCCGAACUCCCCUGGGUUAGGCUGGGACCUUUGUGUUGGCCGUCCAGCCCCCUUCUCGCCAGUUGCUUUGCCCCGAAAGGGCAGUGACAUGGAGUCCUGAGUCUCUCAUGGGAUGGCCCAGGAUGGCUCCUCCUUGGUCUUCCCAGGCUGGAGCUGACUGUCCUCAUGGAGAGCCCCAGAGACCAGCCCCAGCUUGGAAACCAGCUUUCUGU